AGGGCACCUGAAUACCCUGGGAAGGAGCAGGAAAACAUUCUGUCAAGCUCCCCUUCCUCUCCUAUGCUCCAUCUACUCUCCAGCUAAGGGUGUCCUGGUGCACAGCAGCAAUUGCAGCCCUGGCUGCACACACCUGCAUGCAGAGUGAUCCAUGUGAGGAGCCUUCCUCACACCAGAAUAGCGUGCCACGUCUACGUCCUGUUCACCUCUCUUCACCACCCUUCCCCACCGGUGUGACAUUGCAUGGCAUGGCCAGCGGCUGGGGCCUGAGGGCAGGGACGUGGACAUCAUCCCAGGCAUCCUGGAAUGCAUCCUCUGGGGGAGCGGGAGCCGGGAGCGGGGCCCUGUCUGGCCCCUGGUACAGCGCACACAAGACUCAGCUGUUUGGAGUUUUACUUGCUGUUGCUUCAAAUUUCCUCAUCAGUGUCUCUUUGAAUAUACAGAAAUGCGCUCAUCUCCGACUGGUGUGCCAAGCAGAGCAGAAGCCCUACUACACGAGCAGGCUGUGGUGGUGCGGGAUUGCCCUCCUGGGGCUUGGAGAGGUGGGCAAUUUCACAGCCUAUGGACUCGCCCCCAUUGCUCUUGUCGCUCCACUGGGAUGUGUUUCUGUUAUAGGUAGUGCAUUUAUUUCUGUCUUUUUUCUAAAGAAGACCAUGAGGACUGCUGAUAUAUUGGGAGGAACACUGACAAUAACAGGGAUAUACUUGUUGGUGACAUUCAUUCCAAAUGUACCUCAGGAGCUCACAGCAAGACAAGUGCAGAACUACCUAGUGAGCUGGCCUUUUUUGGUAUAUUCAAUUUUAGAAAUUCUAAUAUUCUGCAUUCUCCUCUAUUUUUACAAAAGAAAGGCUGUGAAACACAUCAUGGUUUUGUUAAUGAUGGUAGCUCUACUGGCAUCACUGACUGUCAUUGCUGUUAAGGCUGUGUCCACCAUGAUAGCACUUUCUGUGAAGGGGAAAAUGCAGCUAACUUACUCCGUUUUCUAUAUCAUGAGUGUUUUAAUGGCAACUUCUUGUGCUUUCCAAAUCAAGUUCUUGAAUCAAGCAAUGCAUCUGUAUGAAGCAACAGAAGUUGUCCCCAUUAAUUUUGUGUUCUUCACCACCAGUGCCAUCAUUUCAGGGGUCAUAUUUUAUCGGGAAUUCCAAAGUGCAACUUUACUGAGUGUGUUCAUGUUUCUGUUGGGGUGUCUCCUAUCUUUCCUUGGCGUGAUUAUAAUUGCAAGAAAUAAAAAAGAGGAGCAUUUACAAAUUCCUUUUAUUGACUGUGGACAUAUUCCUGGACAAAAACUGACAGGCAAAAUACAACCAGAUUCUCACUGUUCAUGCUAUGGCACACUGAAUAAGGAAGACGACUUGGUGAAAAGGCAAAGCUGAAAGAAGAAAGCACUUUACAUGCCAGUUAACCGGAGGAACACAACUGGAACAAGGAUCAGUAGCACCUUCUUAUUGAACAUAUUCAAGUACACAUUGAAUUCCUGGAUGUUGAUGAGUCAUAGUAUUAUUUAAUCCUAAUUAGUUUAUCCCAUGAUUAUACCAAAUGUGUUCUAAAGAUAAAGGAAGCCUUAACAAAAACCAAAUAACCAUUAAUGAAAUGGAAUAUUCUCCUAGUAUCAAUGCCUCUUGAGGACAUUUUUAGGGUUUUAAUUGAUUUUAAAUGCAAUGAGAAUAGAACAGGAUUAUAAAAAUUCCCCUUUGGAACCCCUCAGAUCUGUGUAAAUGUUUAAAGACAAAGGUGAGACAUUUGAAUUUUUGUAAGUGAUUUCAAAGUAUUCUGCUAUAUAUAUAAUCCCUUUAAAACCCUUUCAUUCCUGUUCAGGAGUCAAAACUGUAAGUAUAUAUGAAGUAGACAAAAAUAGAAUUGUGUCUACUAAAAUACAAAAAUAAUUUUGUAUUUGGUGUAGAACAAUCCUGAUUAUCUCCUACCAUCAGAUUAAUUCUCUUAUCUUCCAAGGAAAUCAGUACUUAUGUGAGGAGUGGGAAGAUGGUGCUUGCCAUAAACACAGGCAGGUGGGCACACACACACAUUUGAGGUGCCCAGCCAAGGCAGGAUUAGGGUACUGUAUUUGACAUUUUACAUCCUCCCAGAGGAGUCCUGUGCAGUGGCUUCCAUGAUCUGUUAGCAUAGUCUGGUCUGAGUUUUAACUUCUGUGAAGAAAAUGCAUGGUUCUUCAGAGGAAGUGGGGUAGCCAGGGUCCCUCUCUUGGUAUGUCUUGGAAAAAUACCUCUAAAAAAUUUGGGCAACUCCUGUCACCACUGGUAAUUCUGCAUGAGGAAAGGCUGUAAAAAGCAGGGCCACAAAGAGUCACAGUAAUUGUACAGUUUUCCCUUAUUUAAAUGGUUGUGUCUCCACACCGAUUUGAAGAACCAGCAGUGAUGGGAAUAAUGACAGUAUAGGCUUUGUGUUCAGAUUUGGGAUGUAUUGGUGUCUCUCCAUCCCAGUAUCCUACCAAAAAACUUCUUCAAGGAAUUCAUCAUGGAUGCACUUAUUCCUCUGUGAUAGUAGUGAUCCACCUCAGGCAGCACAGAGGGGCUGGUCACAUCCUCUGCCUAAACAAAUGAAAGUGCUCUUGAAAAAUGUUCAUGUCUUGUUUUAGGAUUGAAUCAAUCUGCAGUUAUGGGUAGGGGCAGUAAUGGGUAGAGGUCAUAGACUGUGUACUUUGUUUCAGAUCUGUUUUUUUUCUCAAAUAAUUGUAUAUUUAAUUUUAAGAUAGGUACAGCUGAAGAUCCAUAACACAGUUUUGUUUCAAAUGCUGCAAAGCACACACAGAGCUGUAGUGUUUCGUGUGCAGCAGUGUCCCAGGAACUAUGGCAUUUGGGCACUUGUGAAGCUGUUUUUCAAUAUGGGUCUUUUCCAGCUGACACAGGAUAAAACUCCGUGUCUGUACCUUACUUGUACCAACAGCUUGGCUUGGCCUUCCUUUCCCAACCAGCAUCUUGAGUUCAAGUUUCUAAAGAUUAAAAUUAAAAAAGCACAUUACUUUUACGGGCUUUGUCCAGGGAGUAAGGACAUGCCUGUCUUUCUUUUGCAAGUCAAAUUUAAGCUGCUUUCUAAGUCUCAAGUGAGAGUAUGUGCUAAAGAUGGAAAUAAGAGGCCUACAAGUUUUCAUUCUGUGACCUGGGAAACAAAUGGGUGAAAGGAUUUGGUAUUGUUGUUUUGUUAAAUGAUUGGCCUUGGGCAUCUUUCUGAAAUCUGUUUCCAUGGCUCAGGAGGACUGCAGGAGGUAAUAAAGGUUACCAGCUGUAGGAUUUUCUCUUUAAAGCAAUAAA